AUGCUUAUUAAAGGAUUGAAAUAAUUUUACUUGCAAACUACUUACUUUCCAACAAUAAAAUUGAUUAAUAAUUGCGUGUAUUUUUCAGCAAAAAGAGAAGAUAAUAUUAAUGAGGACUUUAUUUGUUAAUUAGACUUAGCAGAUAUUGCUAUAUAAUGGAGCUAUUGCCUGUAUUAUAUAAUCAUUAUCUAGAUCAAAUAAUUUUCUAAAUGGGCUCAAAGUAUAUAGAUAAAAAUUUAGAUUUACAAUUUAUGGAUUAUAAGAUGAAUUGUAUUAAUUCCAGGGUUAUAUUAAAGGAAAGAUCCCUUUUACUGCAAAUUUGUCAGAAAAAUAUGAAUUAGACACAAACUCGAUGAUUGAAACUGACGUAUAUAUCAUAUCACCAUUUUAUAGACAUUUUUGGCUCUGAAUUUUAAGACUUAAAAAAGGAAGCUACUUAAGAGAUUAUAUAACAAACAAACAGCUUCCUUAGACGAAUUCAAGAUUCAAGUCUUUCUGUAAAAAUGUAGACCUCAGUACAUACUUUACUAUAAUUCUCAUUAUGUCAGAGACAAAGAAUAAUUUAUAUCUUUUGAUUGUGAUGAAUUCAGAACUUUGAAGAGUAUACUUUAACACAAUCCUCAAGGACUUCCUUUACAAACCAUAAGAAUUAUUAUGUAAUAAUUGAUAACUGGUAAUCUUGUAUAUUUAAUUUAAAGGCCUGGAAUUUCUUCAUUCUAAUGGAAUAAUACAUCAAGAUAUUCGCCCUGAAAAUAUAAUAAUAACUAAUGCUGAUGAUAUUUAGAUCAAGAUCAGCAAUUUUAAUUAGGCAAUUUUUGUAGAAGAAUUAGCAAAAUUUGUAGGAAAAAGACCUUAUGUUGAUCCAUAAUUAAUUACCAAAUUUAACACUGAGAAUAAAUUAGAUAUUUUUUCUGCUGGACUAAUAUUUUAUGCUUUAUUAAUUGGCAAAAUUUUAGAACAACCUAUUUUGAUUUCAGACGCAAUAAUAACACUAUAGUAAUUAAAAGUGAAUGAUGAAGCCAUAGAUCUAUUUAAAGAAAUGGUUAAUAUUGAUAAAAUUGAAAGAUUGAGUGCAUCAGAAUGUUUAAAUCAUAACUUUUUUGUGGAUUGUCCAUAUUAAGUCUAAAAUCUGUAAUUUAUUCUUUUAAUGUUUAGUAUUGAUAAAUUAGAUCAAAUCACAAUCCCUUUUAAGCUAAAUAGAUAUAAACAAAGGUGAGAUGCACAUGUAUCUUUGAGUAUUAAUUAAAUAAUUGAAC